AUGGACCAAUCAGAGGCGAAGGAUGCCGCAGCGGCGAUCGCGGCACCAGGAGCUGGGGACGACGCAUCGACGGAGGCCAGGGUUGCUGCAGACGCGAAGUUUGACUUGGAGAACGCACGAACGUCUUUGGACGAGCAAGGGCUGAAGAUUGCGGAGAAUCAGGAGGCGAGCUCCAAGAACCGGAGGAAACUGGCCGAGUCAACACGAGACUUCAAGAAGGCGGGUAAAGAGGAGCAGAGCAAGCUGUUCGGCGCACUCCUCAAGGCGUAUCAGGAGGAGGUGGACAACCUCACAAAGCGCGCCAAGUUUGCAGAAGCAGCCUUCCUGGGCGUCUACCAGAAGCUUUAUGAAGCUCCGGAUCCCGUGCCGUCCCUGGCGUCUGCUGCUGAGGUGGCAGCGAAUGCUGCUGAGCUGGCGGCGGAGAAUCGGCGCAUGCAUGCUGAGCUGGAGGAGUUCCGGUCUGAGUCAGCGCAUCUCAAGAACCAGCAGGCGACCGUGCGACGGCUGGAGGAGAGAAACCGACAGCUGGAGCAGCAGAUGGAGGAGAAGGUGAAGGAGAUGGUGGCAAUGAAGCAGCAUGUGCUGGCAGAGGAGAGUCAACGGAGCAUGGAAACCCUCAAGUCAAGAGAGGAUGCACUGCAGGAGCAGCUGAGGGCGGCGAGGGAGACAGUGAGCAACAUGCAGCGACUGCACGAGAUGAGCCAGUCACAGCUGUUCGAGCUCAAGGCGCAAUCAGAGGAGGAUCGCGCGUCGAAGCAGGGCGAGGUGACUCUGCUGACAGAUGAGGUGGAGCGAGCUCAGGCACGGCUGCUGGCUUUGGAGAGGGAGAAGGAAGCCCUCAAGGCGCAGCUGCAGACUGCACAACCUAGCGACGCAGCAGAUGGUGAGAGCACGGAUAGCAACGGUGCAAUCGGGUGGGAGGCGGCAGUACGGGCCAAGGAGGCGGUGAUAGCAUCGCUGCAUCAGGAGCUGCACGCCCUGGAGGCAGCAGGGGCGGCAGAGAGGGAGGAGCAGCGGGCGGAGGUGAAGCGACUCAAGGCGCUGCUGCAGGAUCAGGAGUCGUCCAUUGGUGCGCUGAGAGCAGAACUGGCUACCAGGCCCACACAGCGGCAGUGGGAGGACCUACGGAAGCAAGUGAAGAUCCUGCAGGCCGUGGGCUACAAUGCAGUGGAAGUGGACGACUGGGAUGAACCGGGCAUGUCAUCCAACGGUCCAGGAUCCUCCUCGGAUCUCUCUGCUGCUGCAGAUGGGGAGAGUGGGAAGGGGGGAGGGGAUGGGGGAGUGAUGCGCAGCAGCAGUGGGGCUGACAUUGGAAAGCUGGAGGCGCUGCUGCUGGAGAAGAACAAACGGAUGGAGCACGAGUUGACCCAAGUCAAGAUGCGAUUGAGUGAGAAGGAAGAGGAGUGUGAUGAGGCGAAAAUCAAGUUAGCAGCACUGGAAGGGACAGUGGCAGAGCAGAGGGCCCUUAUAGGCAAACUGGAGGACGAUAUUCUCAAGGGCUAUGGCGCACGGGACAAGCACCGGGCGGCAUCGGUUGGCAGCAUUGUCUCGAUGCCUGGAGCAGCGGGCGGCAGCGGUGGUGGGGAUGGUGGCGGUACAGGUGGCAGCGGCGGAUUGGUGGAUGAUGAUUCGGUGCUCAUGGUGGUGUGCGGGCAGAGGGACAGGUUUCGACAGCGAAUGGGAGAGCUGGAAGAGGAGCUGAGAGCAGAGAGGGAGAGGAGUGGCAAGCUGGCAGCAGAGGUGGAGCGGUUAAAAGCAGACAACGUGAAGCUGUAUGAGCGCAUGCGAUAUGUGCAGGACUACACAAGUGCAGGGGGAGGAGGGGGUGACAGGCCGAACAGUAGUCGAUCCAGGAAGAGUGACAUAGAGGCUGGCCCAGCAGCAGACGUGGAGAGCAAGUACAAGAAGAUAUACGAGGAGACAAUCAACCCCUUUGCUGCUUUCUCCACCAAGGAGAGGGAGCAGCGAGUGAGGGACCUGGGUCUGCGAGACAGAAUCACCCUCACCAGUGGCAAAUUCCUCCUCUCCAACAAGUACGCGCGCACGUUUGUCUUCUUCUACUCCAUUGGCCUCCAUAUCCUCGUGGCUCUCAGCAUGUAUCGCCUCUCCAGCCUCAGUUAUGCCAGGAUAAAGUUUGACGAGGCUGAGCUUCCAUCGAAGCACUCGCUAUUGACCGCAGCUCUGAGAAGCAAGGGAGUGGUGUAUGCGCGAUUCAAGGUGCAGAGUGAGGCAGUCACAGCCGGGAAGCAGCUGCAUGGCAUCCGCAUGGGCAGCAACGUUCUAUCAGCCCACUACUUUCCCCCUACUCAUUCCGCCAACCACAAUGAACCGCACACCACACCCUUCACCCCUGCUCGUGCUGCUGCUCCCACCCUUGCCUCCGCUGCUGUUGCUACUCGCCCUAACUUGCUUAACCAUGAUUCAAGCUCUCAACAGCAAGAAGAAGCACGCAUUGAGUUACCAGAGUCAUCAUCACAACACCCCCCUUCACUCUCACCAUCCUGCCGUCAGCCACCCCUAUCAGACCCCUCUCUCCACUGCCUGCCGCAUGCGCUCAUGGCAACCACUAACCCCUCUCUGCCAUCACAACCGUCACAGCAAUCCCCAUCACCAUCACCAUCGUUCCACCAUCCGCCACCUCUCUCAGACCCCUCUCUCCGCCGCCUGGUUCAUGCGCUCAUGGCAUUCAGCCAGCAAGAGCACUUGGUUUCACAAAGUCUUGAAGGAGAGGGAGCAGCAGGUCUUGAAUCAGAGGGAGAAGUAGCAGUGGCAGCAGCAGCAGGGCAGGAGAAGGUGGUUAUGAGAGAGGAGGCGAUGGGCCAAGAGCAGGGAGCGAGAGGCGGACUGGAAGCAGCAAGGCAAGAGCAGGAAUCGAGGGCUCGAGGGAAGGAAGGAGGGGAAGGGAGAGGGGACGAGGCUGCUGCAUUGCUCAUCAGGGAGACGCAAGCAGAAAGAGGAGGCCAUCCAGCAGCAGGAGGAGGGGAGAGAGAAAGCUGCUUGGAGGAGGGGGGAUAUUAUCCCUUUCCUCCCCCACACUUUAGGUACGCCUAUCCCCCUCCGUCUGCUCCUACUAUCAUCAACAUUGCCCUUGCGCUCAUCACCACACCGCGCCUCUACACACAGGUACGGUGGGCUGGCCCGACCUUCAUGACUCGCAGGUAUGGUGCUCCAUCUGAUGAACAAGAUGAGCCUGCCUCCUCUGCUCCUUACUUUUUCUCCUCUGAUCCGUCCCUCCAUCUCCCUUCUUCCCCCCCCCCUCUUCCCCCCCCCACCCAGGUGCUCCAUCUGAUGAACAAGAUGAGCCUGCCUCACAUGAGUGCCUGGCCGCCUCCCUUCCUCACCCGUCAUGUUUCUAAAUCCCUCCCGAUCUCCCGCCAUCUCCCUAUCCAUCCCCCCUCCAUCUCCCUAUCCAUCCCCCCUCCAUCUCCCUAUCCAUCCCCCCUCCCUCUUAUUCUUCCCCCCAGCCCAGCACAUCCAACCCACCACCUUCUGCCUCGUCCCACUCGACCUCCUCCCAAAGCCCAACAACCGCCCCUACUCAAGUACCCCAACCAUCUCACCCAUCUCAACCACUCCAACCACCUCAAGCACUCCACCCACCUCAACCAUCCCAACUACCUUAUCCCCAACCCCACGCACCUCAACCAUCCCACUCAUUGCAAUGGCGCCCUCCAAACCCACCAUCCGGCCACCCUGCCCUCGCUCCGUUGCCUGCCGUUCCCUCCUUUAACCAGAGACCCCCCUCCCUCGCGCCUCUUCCCGCCCAUCCCCCCGCUCAUCCUCCACUCUUACACCACCUCCAUCCCCUUUGAUAUAACUCCUGAGGCGCCUCAAAGCACCAUUCCACCUGCCGUUGCUGUCAAUGCCCCUCCCUCCGCCUCCCACCCCGCCACAAGCCGCCGCUUUGAGACACCCUCACAGCCCAUCAGAACGCAAUCGCCCCUGCCAACAGCAGCAGCAGCAGCACCACCACCACCACCACCUUCCACCCCAUCCAAUGCAAGUCCUGGGACGCCUCAAAGCACGCAUCCACCCGCUGCUACUGUCAGUGCCCCGGCCUAUUCCUCCCAUCCCACUGCCAAAAGCCCCCUUGAGACGCCAUCACAGCAACUCAGAGCACAGUCGCCCUUACCAGCAGCUGCAGCAGCUGCUGCUGCCUCAUUAGAUGCCAGUCCCAGGACGCGUGUCCUAGACUCUACACUGAAAGCGCCAAUGGUAGAAGGAAUAGAGGGAGGCAGAGCUUUCAAGAGGAACGGAGUGGGAGGAGAGGUGGAGGAGGAGGAAGAGGAGGAGGAGGGAGGGGAGGGGAUUGAGUGGGAGGAGGGGGAGGAGAAGCGGCUUGAGAGGGCUGGAGUGAGAAAGGUGGUUGCGAGAAGUGGAGGUGGGGUAGUAGGACGGGCAGCGUUGUUGGUCAAGAAAAGGGCACCUGUCUUGCAGAUCCAGCUGCGCCCAGAGAAGAAGAAGCCGCGAACAAGGUGGGAUCACGAAAACAAGCUGACAGAAAGCAACGCUGCAGUGACAGGCCAAGAGGUUGGCGUGGCAUUGACAGGCCAAGAUGUGAUGACAAUGGGGAGGCAAAAGGAGAGCGGUGCAGUGGCACAGGGAGAUGUAGAUUCGGACGAGGUGGAGGGGAGGCGGGGGGAGAGUGGCGCUGGAGGUUGGGGACGAGGCUCCCUGGCACGGGGAGAGUUAGAUUUGGACAAGGUGGAGGGGAGGACUUUUGAGGCGCCUCAAAAGGCACAAGGAGAUGUAGAUUCCGACGAGGUGGAGGGGAGGCAGCAGGAUGGAGUGAGUUUGGAAGGAGGGACAGAGCACGCAAAUGAGAGCAGGGAAAAGCGGGCGACUGAUGCGGGGGAGGUUGGGGCGAAGGCAGAGGAGGAAGGUGUGGGGGGAACGGAGAGGGGAACGGUGGGGGAGAAGGUUGGUGGAAGAGGGAUGACAGGGACGAGCAGCUUGGCGGAUGGGGGUAAUGGUGUGGCGAAGGGGAGAGGGAAGAUGUGCGAGGAGGAUGGGGAGGUUUUGAGAGAGGAGGGAGGUGAGGAGAGGGCUACUUUGGAGGAGUUGAGGCGGCAGCAACUGACAGGGGAGCAGCUGCUGGAGUGUGCAGCGUAUAAGGUGGGAAACUGA